AUGAUGGCGGCAGCUCCCAUCCAGCAGAACGGGACCCAUACGGGGGUUCCCAUAGAUCUGGACCCGCCGGACUCGCGGAAAAGGCCGCUAGAAGCGCCCCCUGAAGCCGGCAGCACCAAGAGGACCAACACGGGCGAAGACGGCCAGUACUUUCUAAAGGUUCUCAUACCUAGUUAUGCUGCUGGAUCUAUAAUUGGGAAGGGAGGACAGACAAUUGUUCAGUUGCAAAAAGAAACUGGAGCCACUAUCAAGCUGUCGAAGUCCAAAGAUUUUUAUCCAGGUACUACUGAGAGGGUGUGCUUGAUCCAGGGAACAGUUGAAGCACUGAAUGCAGUUCAUGGAUUCAUUGCAGAAAAAAUCCGAGAAAUGCCCCAAAAUGUGGCCAAGACAGAACCAGUCAGCAUCCUACAACCUCAGACCACCGUUAACCCUGAUCGCAUCAAACAAACAUUGCCAUCUUCCCCAACUACCACCAAGUCCUCUCCAUCUGACCCCAUGACCACCUCCAGAGCUAACCAGGUAAAGAUUAUAGUUCCCAACAGCACAGCAGGUCUGAUAAUAGGGAAGGGAGGUGCUACUGUGAAGGCUAUAAUGGAGCAGUCAGGGGCUUGGGUGCAGCUUUCCCAGAAACCCGAUGGGAUCAACUUGCAAGAGAGGGUUGUCACUGUGAGUGGAGAACCUGAACAAAACCGAAAAGCUGUUGAACUUAUCAUCCAGAAGAUACAAGAGGAUCCACAGAGUGGCAGCUGUCUCAAUAUCAGUUAUGCCAAUGUGACAGGUCCAGUGGCAAAUUCCAAUCCGACCGGAUCUCCUUAUGCAAACACUGCUGAAGUGUUACCAACUGCCGCAGCAGCCGCAGGGCUAUUAGGACACGCUAACCUUGCCGGCGUUGCAGCCUUCCCAGCAGUUUUAUCUGGCUUCACAGGCAAUGACCUGGUGGCCAUCACCUCUGCACUUAAUACAUUAGCCAGCUAUGGAUAUAAUCUCAACACAUUAGGUUUAGGGCUCAGCCAAGCAGCAGCAACGGGGGCUUUGGCUGCAGCAGCUGCCAGUGCCAACCCAGCAGCAGCAGCAGCCAAUUUGUUGGCCACCUAUGCCAGUGAAGCCUCAGCCAGCGGCAGCACAGCUGGUGGAACGGCGGGGACAUUUGCAUUAGGUAGCCUGGCUGCUGCUACUGCUGCAACCAAUGGAUACUUUGGAGCUGCCUCGCCCCUAGCUGCCAGUGCCAUUCUAGGGACAGAGAAAUCCACAGAUGGCUCAAAGGAUGUAGUUGAAAUAGCAGUUCCAGAAAACUUAGUUGGUGCAAUACUUGGCAAAGGAGGGAAAACCUUAGUGGAAUACCAGGAGUUGACUGGUGCAAGGAUACAGAUCUCCAAGAAGGGAGAGUUCGUGCCUGGCACAAGGAAUCGGAAGGUAACCAUUACGGGAACACCAGCUGCAACACAGGCCGCUCAGUAUUUAAUUACACAGAGGAUCACAUAUGAGCAAGGAGUUCGGGCUGCCAAUCCUCAGAAAGUGGGUUGA